AUGGCUGAAGUCUUGGACGAGGCCGAAGCCUUUAUUCAUGCAACAGAAAUAUGCAGUGCGUCCAAGGAUGGAAAGGCUGGUGAAGCGACGGACUCCUCAGGGAAGAAAGACAAGAUAGACAGGAAAGUCCCACGAUUCCACGAGGAUAUAGGACAUGACACCAAGGAUUGCAGGAGCCUGAAGAGAGCCCUAGAAGGCCUAGCCUCUAAGGGGCACCUAAAAACCUACUUGCAAAGAAGCACUCACAGCACGGGAAAAAAUCAUUACAAGAAAAACAAGUCACAUGUCUCAGCUACAGAAGGAAAUCACAGCGAAGGAGGAUUUGUAGCCGUCAUAUCAGGAGAACCAGCUGCUGGGGGGGCCACCAUGAGAGGACAGAAAGAUUAUGCCCGCCGUCUAGGUCAGGUAAUGUUAUCGGGGAAAUCACCAGUGGACCCAUUCCCUCGGAUAGAAAUAUGUGAAUCGGACGGUGGACGUAUAUCCACCCCGCAUGACCACCCUCUCGUGGUCGAUAUCGAAAUCUCUAACAUGAGGGUAAAACGCAUCUUGAUAGAUACAUGA